AUGGCUUCUAGAAGGAGCAAUGGUGCAAGUAAUUCGCCGCUGGUCAUAUAUAUUGACGAUGAUGGUGUUGGUGAGCUUCAUGGGAGAAGCGGAAAUGCUGUUUUGAACCAACGGAGUGGGAGUCCGCAGAUCAAGACGGAGCCAUCCGAGCAGUGGUGGGAUGUAGACGCCUUUGAUAUUUCGCCCGUUUGUAUCUCUGACGACGAAGAUGGCACCGACGCCAAUAACAGAAGCAGUGCUGCUGCUAUUGAAAUUGAAAACAUCCCACAGCCCGAGGCGAAACAUGAGGAUGACGAUGACAAUGAAGCCCCACAUGCCGAAGUGGCAACAGAACAAAGUCGAGAAGUCGCAUCGUUGUACGAAACGCUGUAUGGGGAGAUUUCCUCGCUGCAGCCACAAACAGAGACUGCUGUCUUCAGUUUGGUUCAAACUGCACCAAUGUACGAUGAAGAGACUGUUGGUGCCGAAGACAAUGAGCCUGGGCUCUUUGUGGACCAGUAUGAGCCGAUAAUUGACAGCCAGAUCGUGACCCGAGACGCAGACCUUGAUUCUCUCUUCUCCUCUCCAGGUCCUGAGCCCCAGCUGGGGGACGUCAAUGAUUUGGCCUUGCUGGCCUUGCUAAACGAGCAGCGGCCGGAUGAACAAAAUAUAGCUUCUAAUUCCAUGUUGGCUCAGCACAACAUUUCCGAGUUGCAUUUCCCAAUGCCGUCUGGCGGCCAUGGGCCAAGACUGGGAGGAGCUUCCCUGCCGACCACCGCACCGGACCAAGCGACGAUCGAUAUUGAUGAUGCCUCAGAUCCCAUUCACGAAACUACACAUAAAGGCCUAGAAGUAAGGUCUCCCCGUCAGAUCACACCCGGGCCUUCUCUUCCAAUCAUGCUCCACGCAACCGCUGCGGCCGCACCCGAUCCUCCGGUGUUUUCUUGGACCAAUCUCCAGGCCGUCAUUGCCUCAGGCUCACAGCCUCUCAUGGUUGAAGCGGUAAGAAUAGCCCGCUCCCUGCUUCGCCACCUCGCCAGUCCUCUCAGAGACAUCGAGGAGCGUAUUGAGGGGCCCGGAUGGACGCAGCGCAUAGCCCAACUACAGAACCACGCAAAGCCCACUCCGGUGCUGAUUGGCAUUGUCGGCCGCACGGGGUCUGGCAAGAGUUCUGUCAUCAAUGCUGUGCUGGACGAGGAUCGCGUGCUGCCGACUAACGGCUUGCGGGCGUGCACGGCCGUAGUAACGGAGAUUUCGUGGAAUUCAUCCGACCGCGAGGCUGAGCGAUACCGAGCGGAGAUCGAGUUUGUGCAGCCAGAGGACUGGCACCGGGAGCUGACACGGCUUUUUGAUGAUGUGACCGAGUCCUGGGACAUUCACGACACUCGAGACACGGCUGGGGAUUCGCCUGAGGCCAGCGUCGCACUUGCCAAGUUGCGUGCCGUGUUCCCCAACCGGGCUACCAGCCGAUCCGCCUUGCUGGGCAGCUGUAGCCUCCAGACACUCAUCGAUGAUCCGCAGGUCAGCAGCCUCCUCGGCAAGGUGCGGUCGGUGGCAGCCGCCAACCCGCAGACGUUUUAUACACAGCUGCAGGCGUAUCUCGACAGCAGCGGCAGUGGAGGCUGGUCACCGCUUACGGGGACUGCAGACGCACAAAAGCAGGCAGACAUGGCCCUAUGGCCAUUGAUCAAAGUAGUCCGGGUGUUUCUCAAAUCAGAUGCGUUAUCUACCGGGGUGGUGCUGGUUGAUCUGCCCGGAUUUGGUGAUGCCAAUGCGGCCAGAGACACAAUAGCCGAACGUUACAUCUCGCGGUGCGCAGCCAUCUGGAUCGUGAGUCCCAUCACGCGCGCAGUCGACGACCGCGAGGCGCGUGAGCUGCUGGGCCGCUCGUUCCGGCGACAGCUAGUUUUGGACGGAACCUAUAGCAGCCUGAGCUUUAUCUGCUCGAAGACGGACGACAUAUCUGUGAGAGAGGUAGCCGAGUCGCUUGAUGUUUCCGGUGACGUGCGUCGCAUCUCUGCCAGCUUGGCGUCAAUAGAGCAGCAGUUGGCACGGCAGAUGCAACACCUCAGCGUGGUCAAGCAGCAGCAGAACCAGGCGUCCAGACAGCUGGACGACGUCAUGACACGGCUGAACACCUUGGAUGCUGCCGGACGGGAUGUUUUAGACGGGCAGAAGAGAGCAGCAGAAGCAGACGGUCGUGGCAGCUUGAAGCGAGCGAGGUUGACAGGUGAGGCUACGGAUAUUACCGAGGACGACGAGCCAGCUGCAAUCAAGGAGCCAUGUACAUCCGACGAAGCAGCCCUCAGGGACGUUGCUGCAGCCUACAAAGAAGCUUUCCCAGAUGCUGACCUCAGCACAAACGGCUCUGAUGUGGAGGAUAUGGAGGCUGAGAUGGAGCUGGAGUUGCAACGGCUGAUGCAGGCACGAGAGGACGCCAUGGAACUGCUUUCGUCGGCGUAUCUGGACAUGAGUCGUGCACAGGAAGACUGCCAAGCCACCGAGCAAAAGCGCAACGAGCUCGUGAACGAGCGUGUGGCCAUGUGCAUGCAGCUGCGCAAUGCCUAUUCGCGAGCACACAUCAAGACGGACUUUGCCCAAGGCCAGAAAUAUAUCGACGACGAGAGCGCUCUGGUCACAAGAGAGUCAGCCGAUGCUCGCAAGUAUGAUGACCUAGCCAAAUCGCUGCCUGUGUUCUGUGUCAGCAGCCGUGCCUACCAGCAAUUCCGCGGGCGGGCGGGCUCAGAUGAGAACGGCAGUAGCAGUGGCAACGGCACCAGCGACGAACUCGGCGGCCUUGUCGACCGGCUGGCCGGCUCUACCUUUCCCCUGGGCUACCGACACGCUGGCGAGACAGAAAUCCCACAGCUCCAGCAGCAUGCCCGACGUCUCGGCACAGAAUGUCUCGCAAGGCGUGAUCGCAAAGUGCUCACCGACUUUGCCCAACUGCUGACAUCGCUGACUGUGUGGGUGAGUAGCAGCGCCGGCGGCUUCGGGCUGCAGAUCCAUCUGGACCAGGAGCGCCGGGGCUACGAGAUGCGUCAUCUGGAACAGGCAUACGACGAGCUGAAGCAUAACCUGACUAGCACGGCCGACAAGUUCAUUGCCAGUCUCCGAAGGGUCAUGGAGACGGAGGUACUCAUGAAGCAGACCCAGGUUCUGGCCAAAUGUGUCGAUGCGGCACCGGAUAUCGCGACCUCGUGGGCGGCGCCACGGAAAGCCGGCGGGCUCCUGUUUAACACUUACCGGUCGAUAUGCCGCAAUGGGGGAUUUCCAACAAGCUCCAAGAUCCGGCGCAACUUUAAUGAGGGCGAGCAUACACUCUCUUCCAGCAAUAUCUACUCUAGAAUUCCUGCUGCUUUGUCCGAGUGUCAGGCUGUUGCCGAACAGCUCAUUGAGCACUUCCACAGAAGGAUGCGUGAUCGCCCGAUCCUGAGCCUGUGUGCCCAGAACACUGGCCUUGGCAUGCUUUUGGAACACGAGAUCCGCGGCUUAAAGCACCUUUUCCGCGAGGCUCUCGAGCUUGCCCGCCACCACAUCGAUACCUUUCGCCGCGAUGCCAACCGCCUUCCGCUUGAGUGUGUCCACAGCGCCAUGGCGCCGGCGUACAUGACAUGUGCCCAAGAAUCUGGCGCUGGCUGUAUGGCCCGCAUGCGAACAGCUAUGGCCGACCAUGUUCAGGCUUGCCGCAAUCCCAUGUACGCAAGCAUCGAGUCGGCAGCCCGCGAUCGUCUGGCAGUCUUCUCAGACGGCGUCCUCAAGGAGUUGCUCGUCGGUCACUACGACUCCCUGGCAAGCCUGUACCAAGACUGCAGAAACAUGAUUGUCGGCGUCGAGGCACCCGAGACCACGCGCAGCGCCAGGGACUUUGUGCAGCAGCUGCUCCAACAAGCCGACACGGCCUUCGCGUCUGACGUGCUCAACGCCGCCGAAGGAACCUAA